AACGGACUUAGUCAUUUGUGAUUUUACGUAAGAUAGGACAACACUUGAAACACGAUCGAAACGGCUACUGAAAUAUUUAAUGACAGUUCUGUUUAAAUAUGUUUGAUUUGAGGCGCCUGCGGUUACGGUAAACCAGUGGAAAUUCGUUUCAACUUGAGUAUGAAUCGUGAAACUCAUCAACUUUGUAAAGCCAUAUUGUAAAUUUUUUGAAACCGAAACUAUUGUUAAGCUGACAAGUGCGAAUCAUGGCCGUCAUUUUUCUUCCAUUGCUGGCGUUAGUGCAUCAAUGCAUUGGCUCCGAAAAUGUUGACGCGCUUUUAAAGAAGCGCCCGUCUUGGUCGUUAGAGGUGGAGAGUAUUGAAUCCUCGAUCAAAAAUGCUCUGCACAAGCACAAGUUAGCAGGACAUGAUUUUGAACUAACGGAAGAAAUGUUGAGAAGCGAUUUGAAAAGGAGUUUAGCCCCCGGUGCUACUCACAUCCCGAGGAAGGUUGGUGAUCCCAAAUGGCAACAGGAUCCGAGGAAAGUCCCUUCUACCUUCGACGCAAGAGAGCACUGGAAGGCGUGCGCUGAUAUAAUCGGGCAUGUUGAGGACGAAGGUCCUUGCAACACAGAUGUGCCAGCUGUCAUUGCAUCUGUGAUGUCAGACCGUUAUUGUAUUUACUCCAACGGCACCUUCAAGGACAGGCUAUCCCAAGAGGUGAUGAUGGGUUGUGGUGCACUCUGUACCGGUUGGCAAAUGUCUUACUACGCGUGGGAAUAUGCUUUAUAUAAUGGGCUUCCCACUGGCGGGCCGCAUGGAUCAAAUAAGGGCUGUGCACCUUACUCCUUCGCUGGGUGCAAUCAUACCGGAUACUAUGACUUGACAGGUUCCGGACAGAAAAUGGAAAGUUGCCAAGUUCCAUUUGAUCUAGAGUGUCCCAUGGAAUGCACUAACAAGCACUACAAAACACCUCUUGACAAGGAUUUGAGAAAUUUGACGUGUUUUUACUUCACAUCGAACAAUGAGUUUGCAAUGCGGAAUGAGAUUAUGACUUUCGGCCCGAUCAUGUCAAGCGUAUUCUUGUACAAUGAUUUCCUGGAGAAACCUAAAGGAAUUUUCCAAAGGAGGGAGAACAGAAAAUUCUUGUAUGGACUCAAGUUUUUCAAGAUUAUCGGCUGGGGCGUGGAGGACGGCAAGAAGUAUUGGCUCUGCAUGCAUACGUGGGACACGUGGGGUGACAAAGUUUUUAAAUUUCCGCGAGGAGAAGAUUAUGACUUCAUCGAAUGGAGGCCGAGCGCUGGACUUUUCGACAACAUGGACUGAGGGAGAACGCAACAUUUGGAUUACAUUUUGCAAUAAGGAAGGAACCCCUAUUUCUUGCCCAUUUUAGAAACAACAUACGUGUCAUUGGUUUCCCUAUGCAGAUAUGUGCUUUUAUGGAAGAGCCAGAGAUAGUGGUUCUUUAUUGCAAAGUGUAACCAAUUUGAUUUAGCUGUCUUUUGAAUGGACCACUAGACAAGGUACAAAUUCAAGCAAUCUGAUACAUGAUUCUUCACCAGAAUUUCAUGUAGAACACGAUUCGCACAACGAAAAUUACUGAAACCAACUCCUAACAAAGAUAU